CUGCGAACGAAAUAUAGUGUAAAAAAGAGUCAUCAGUCGCCGAGCAAGCGAUCGGAUAAGAAUUUCGAUAUAUGCAGGCACAAACUCAGGCACGUUCGUGAAUGUAAACUCCCGAGCAUAACUCUUGCAAGAACAUAGACGAAUCUCUAUCACCAAGUCCAUUGAGUCAUCGUCGGCAGCACGGUUGCGAAAUUGUGCUUCUGCAAUCCGACUCGAACUUUAUCGUCAGAGAAAAGACGCCUAUCCGUUGAGCAUGCCGGUCGUGCACCUCCUGGACUAUGCCGCGGGCAACAUUCGUUCGCUCGUGAAUGCAAUUGAGAAGCUCGGUUGGCAGGUGGAAUGGGUGAAGACACCGGCAGACGUUCACAAGGCAGAGAAACUAAUCUUACCCGGCGUUGGUCAUUUCGGGCACUGCUUGACACAAUUCGCCAAUGCCGGCUACGUCGAGCCGGUGCGAGAGCACAUCAAAUCAGGCAAGCCAUUCAUGGGCAUCUGUGUCGGACUCCAAGCUCUUUUCGAGGGAUCUUCGGAGAACCCUGCUGUCCCUGGUCUGGGGAUCGCCCGUGGUCGCUUAGAGAGAUUUGACAACUCCAACAAGAGUGUCCCUCACAUCGGAUGGAACUCGGCAAAUACUCGCAAGGAUGGUUCGCAAGAUGUGAGCAUUUACGGCAUGCGACCUGACAGCAAAUACUAUUACGUUCACUCAUACGCAGUCCCAUAUAAGAAGGGCGAGUUAGAGAAGGAUGGAUGGACAGUAGCAACAGCGCGUUACGGUGAUGAAGAAUUCGUCGGAGCAAUCGCACGAGACAACAUCCUCGCCACUCAGUUCCAUCCAGAAAAGAGUGGAGCUGCAGGGCAACGGGUUCUUAAGGCGUUCCUCGAAGGCAAUCGUCACGCAACGAUCAAGGACCUGACAGAGUUUUCGACUCAGGAGGGUCUCACUCGCCGGGUCAUUGCAUGCCUUGAUGUGCGGACGAACGAUCAGGGGGAUCUUGUAGUCACCAAAGGCGAUCAGUACGACGUGCGCGAGAAGUCGGGCAAUGCUGUACGCAAUCUUGGUAAACCGGUACAGAAGGCGCAACAGUAUUACGAACAGGGCGCAGACGAGGUCACGUUCCUAAACAUCACCUCCUUUCGGGAAACGCCCUUGCGCGAUUUGCCGAUGCUGGAAGUCCUCAGACAAGCAUCUGCAACGGUCUUUGUGCCGCUCACGAUUGGAGGAGGCAUCCGAGAUACCCACGAUCCUGAAACCGGGAAAACCGUGCCAGCGCUGGAAGUUGCCACACUUUACUUUCAAUCGGGCGCCGACAAAGUCUCAAUCGGCUCUGAUGCUGUCACUGCCGCGGAGCAGUACUUCUCAUCUGGCCGGACUCUGACAGGCAAGACUGCUAUCGAGUCUAUAAGUCAAGCUUACGGUGCGCAAGCCGUAGUGGUAUCGAUCGACCCAAAGCGGGUAUACGUGGAGUCGGCAGAGGCCACCCCCCAUCACACUGUUGCGACCUCGUACCCUGGUCCACAGGGCGAAAAGUAUUGUUGGUAUGCCUGCACGGUCAAAGGCGGACGCGAAACACGCGAUUUGGACGUCAUACAGCUCGCCACCGCUGUCGAAGCCAUGGGCGCGGGCGAGUUACUCCUGAACUGUAUCGACAAGGAUGGAACCAACUCGGGCUUCGACCUCGAGUUGAUCAGAAGCGUCAAGGCGGCCGUUAAAAUACCCGUGAUCGCUUCGAGCGGAGCUGGAAAUGCGGCUCAUUUCGCCGAGGUCUUCCAAAACACCAACGUUGAUGCCGCGUUGGGUGCGGGUAUGUUCCAUCGUGGAGAGUGGACCGUCAAACAAGUCAAGGAAGAGCUACAGAAGACUGGUCUGUUGGUCAGGAGGUUUGAGGAAGACAUUUAGGAUAGAGUUUAUAGAUUCGAACGGCCUGUGGAC